AAUUCCCGCCGUUAGCCUAGACGCUUCGAAGAGAGCGGACGUGUUGAAUACGCGCAGCAAUGAUUCCAUACGAUAUCGUAUGUAAACGUAUCGUAAGUUUAACUUAGUUAUUUCCGAAAUGUAACUGUUUCCUUUUACCGUGAAUAAAAUUUAACAGUUCUUUUUUCUAAAGUGUUCUUUAAUAUGAAUUAUACAAGUGUUAAUAAACGUAAAGGGGCAGUGCCAAAAUAAUUUUACUGUUCGUUUUUGUUUUCACUGUCGGUGCACGAUGCAAGACGUUCUGAAUUUUUAUAUUGAUAAUGUUUCUAUGUUGAAAGUGUGCUAUUUGGUACUUUUGGCAACAUGUUAACGGGAUUGUUGGUGUUUGUUCUUCUUUUCCUUCACGCUUUGCAAUUUGCGCACUCCUCGAGCCUGCUAUGCGGGCGCACCAAAGAGGUGGAGGUUGGGAACAACAUCGGCGCAGGCGCAGCUCUUGCGCUCACGUUGUUGCGACCUCCCUCCGCCAACUCCACUAACUCCACCAGUUCCUGUCAGCUGCGGUUGGCGGCGCCGGACGCAGCUGCCUUCACUAUCCGACUGAUCGAUGUUAAGGAAUCAUUGUCAGAGUGGGAGCGCGGGUCGGGAGAUGUGCAGGCCCCAGCGCCGAUGGCAGGUGGGCUCGGGCGGAAGUGGAGCACACGAAGUGCGCAUGCGCAGGACACCACCGGCGAUGACACCUCGCACAGCGUUAACGCCACCGACUCGUGUAAACUGCUUGUUUACAUUGGUGAAGCAAAGACUCCUAUAUGGCGUCUCUCGCUUUGCGGUGGUAACGCCGCGGCAGUGGCAUCGCGGGCGGGAACCAAGUUGCUACCGCCAAAGAUCCGCAUCGUGUGGAACCCCCCUACCACUCCUUACCACCACACGGAGAAGUUACGGCUGGUGAUCACAGCUGUUAAUAGUGGAUCAGUUUGCAAUAAUGAAUCUCAAUUCAUAUGCGGUGUGACAAGUCUCUGUAUAUCCUCGUACCUGGUCUGCGACGGCGUCCGUCAUUGCCCAGGGGGUGAAGACGAGGACUCGAGCGCGUGUCUGCACCACCGGGACUCCCCACUCCUGGAAAUGCUGAGGAGGUUUGCAGCUAGAAACCAGGAGCUGUUGGGACUUGACCAGCCAGAUGGCGCGACGAAACCUUCGGUUAUAAUGAAAAUAACCGAGGGUGAGCAAAAGCAGAACGCGUUCAUGGAGUUUGCGGCGGCGCUGAAGCCGUACGGGCCUUGGAGCUACCUCGUGGUGGGAAUGCUGGUCUGCGCCACCAUCCUUAUGUUCUGUCUGGCGUGGGAAUGCUGUUGCAAGCGCUCAAAGCCUUCAGACACUCCACUCAACGCGAUACCAGCUUCAUGUAUAGACAUCUCCCCAACCGUCACCGUUACCGCAGCCUCCCAGCAGCUGUUCGAGACCCUACCCCCUACGCCGCCGGAGUACGAACCACCGCCGUCAUACUCCUCCUUGUUCCCCAGAGCCUUCAAAUCCUCACCGUCUCCAGUACCCCACUGCUCCCACCAGGAGCCACCAGAUUGAGUUACUCGAUUAGACUUUUGUGAUGAGAGUAAAAUAGUUUUUAUUAUAAGCAUGUAAAGGGACUGUCUUAUUUAUUACGUUACACGAAUUUUUCUAUGAAAUAUUUGUUACCGCUUUAGGCUUCAGUGACAAGAACUUAUAGGUCGGGCUUGAAAAAAAUGCUUUUCUGAUAUUGCGUGGCGUGGCCUUUACUUUGAAGUGGGUCUACCUAGCGAGAGAUUUUAACAUUAAAAACUGUGUAUAUCUUUAAAGAGCUAAAAAUAUAACAAAACAUAUUUUUCUAAUCCGUACUGAGCCGUAAAAUUAUGAGCUGCAAAGUUAUGUCAACUCUUGAUCAUUAUCUAUAUCUAUAUAUAUAAAAGAAAGUUGUGUUACUUACACCAUUUAUAACUCAAGAACGGCUGGAACAAUUUUUAU